GUAGUUGCAGAUCACUUGUGUGUUUGCGAUAACACGCAACACACCUCAAACAGUGUCUUGUGUUGUUUUUAGGGAAAGUUAUCCGAGUAAGUUGCAUCCCUUCGACAUGAAGUGGUCUACGUCGUUCCUGGGAUUACUGUCCUUCAUUGCCGUUGUGGUAAAUGGAGCGGAAAAUCCUCGCAUAAUCAUUGUUGGUGCUGGUGCUGCUGGUGUUGCCGCCGCUAGCCGUCUCUAUCAACGUGGCUUCCGUAAUAUUACCAUUCUGGAAGCAUCGCAACGAAUUGGGGGACGCAUUCGUACCACACCGUUCGGUCCUGGUAUUGUGGAAUUGGGUGCCCAAUGGUGCCACGGUGAGGUCGGCAAUGUUGUGUACCAGUUGGCAUCGGUUUAUCCGGGACUGCUCAAGUCAUCCAUCAUUGCGGAUGAAGAUGCUGUGCUGAUCCGUUCUAGCGGUGCUAGGGUGCCGGAAGCUGUGGCAGACCGUUUGCAAACCAUGGCAGAAGGAAUCAUCGAGUCGGAUCAGCGCGACUCGUUUGCUGGAAGUUUGGGUGAUUUCUUCACACAAAAGUACUGGCAAACUUUGGCAACACCUGCAUACAAAGAUAUUAGCCGGGAUCUUGCGGAACAGUUCCUCGUGUACUAUCACAACUAUGAGCGUGGCUAUACGGCGUACGACUCGUGGUUUGAGGUGGCCGCGAGCGAAACUGACAGCUAUGUAGAGCCGGCCGGCAACCAGGAUAUUGCGUGGAACGGAAAGAAAGGAUUCUCCGCCAUCCUGGACAUUGUUUCGGGUAACUAUCCAGGUACGACCAAUACAUCUCUUACUCCAGUGCCGAUCAACAGCCUUGUCAAGUACGGCAAAUUCGUAUCCAACAUCCAGUGGAAAGGCUCCUCGGAUGGAGAUGUCAUCGUCAAGGCACAGGAUGGCACUAUCUACGAAGCUGAUAACGUCAUCGUUACCGUCUCGUUGGGUGUUCUGAAGGAAAACUCUGCCACAAUGUUCUCACCAGCACUACCUACCGUCAACCAGCAAGCCAUCACCGGACUCUAUUUUGGCACUGUGAACAAGAUCUUCAUCCUCUUCGAUGCACCCAUUCCGGAGGACUUCCCCAACACCGUACAUCUGCUCUGGUACAAGUCGGAUCUGACCGCACUGCGCCAAUCGCCAUACGCCUGGGCCGAAGCCAUCUCUACCUUCUUCCGCAUCGACAACCAACCGAACGUACUGAUGGCCUGGAUGAAUGGUGCCGAGGGACGACGGGCCGAGUAUCUCCUGAACGCUCCAAUUAGGGACGGUGUACUGCAUCUGCUGAAAAUAUUCGGCAAAGGUCUCAAAUUUGGCAAUGUGACGGGUAUUUUAAGAUCCAAGUGGUCAUCGGAUCGUCUUUUCCGAGGUUCUUACUCGAGCCGCUCGAUCACGACGGAGAACUUGAAUACGGGCGCACGUGCGCUCGGAACACCCGUACGAAAUGCAGCCAACGAGCCCGUGCUACUGUUUGCCGGUGAAGCUACGAAUCCGAUACACUAUUCCACCGUUCAUGGUGCGAUCGACAGUGGAUUCCGUGAGGCCAACCGUUUGAUUCGCUACUACAAACCCUCACACGUUACGAUGGCCGGACGAACGGCAAGUGUGUUAAUUGUGGGUGCCGGCAGUGCAGGCAUUGCCGCUGCCACACGCCUUCUGGACCGGGGCUUUCGCAAUCUAACAAUCCUGGAGGCAGAAAAUCGACUCGGCGGACGCAUUCACUCGGUACGGCGGAGCGGCAACGUGCUUGACUAUGGUGCGCAAUGGGUGCACGGUAAGGAGAACAACUUCAUCUACGAUAUGGCCUCCCAGUACGGGCUGAUCGAGGUGGAGCAGCACAAGGAGAACGAUCUGUGCUACAAAUCGACCGGCGAACUGGUGCCGAAAGAAAUCUCCGACCGUCUGCUAGAGACGCUCCACACCAUGCUCGAAGAAGAUGCCGACGGUUUACGGUCCUACACGGGUUCGCUCGGAGCGUACUACGAUCAAGUGUUUUACGACGCGGUUCGGGCCGGAAAGUUUGCCGGCAUCGAUCAGCGCACCUGCUAUCAGCUGUACCAGUUCUUUAUCAAGUACCACAACACGUACAAUGCCACCGAUACGCUGCACGAGGUGUCCGGUGCCGGCCUGCUCGAGUUCGAAGAUAACCAGGACGAGUUUCUUAUCAACUGGAAGAAUCGUGGCUUCCACACGCUACUCGAUUUGCUCAUGCGAAAGCUUCCGGAACAGAGCGGCCCACCUAUACCGGUAGAAGAGUACACAAAGUUUAAUCAUGUCGUGAAGUCGAUUAAAUGGAACUGUCCAGAGAACCCACACCACCACCGAGUGUCUGUAACGUGUACCAACGGUGCCACGUUCAAUGCCACCCAUCUCAUACUCACCGUGUCACUCGGUGUACUGCAGGACCUGCACACCGACUGGUUCGAUCCACCCCUGCCCGAACCGAAACGGAACGCCAUCGAAGGUCUGUACAUCGGCACGAUCGACAAGCUGUUCCUGGAGUUUGAUGAGCCAUUCUGGCCGCAGGACGGCAGCUGGCACGGCUUCGGCCUGCUCUGGGAACCGGCCGAUCUCGAGCAGCUGCGCCACGACGGUCGCCAGUGGUUACGCAGUGUUUGUACUUUCUUCGUGCCGGACCGUACCGAGCGGCUGCUGGUGGGCUGGAUCUACGGCCACGAUGCACGCACGAUGGAAGCCCUGCCGGAGGGGCAAGUGAUCGAUGGAUUGAUGUACUUGUUGCGUAAGUUUUUGCCCCAUCUGCCCGUCCCGGCCGGUCCACGCUGGUUUUCGCGCAGCCGUUGGUACAGCAAUCCACACUUUCGCGGUUCGUACAGCAGUCGCUCGAUGCGAUCGGACGCAAUGCGGGCGACGGCAGCCGCGCUGGCCGAGCCGCUGACAACGGAGCGGGCUGUGCCGAUCGUACAGUUCGCGGGCGAAGCAUCCCAUCCACAGUUUUACUCGACCGUUCAGGGUGCGGUUGGAAGCGGUUGGCGCGAGGCGGAUCGUUUGAUCGCGCUUUACACGAACAAACACGCGGCGGCCGGUUCGGAGAACGAUGGGCAGCAAACGUUAAGGGGGAAGCUGUAGCUUCAACCGCUAACGAUCCCGACAACGUUUAUGCGUUGAUAAAGACGUGAUCAUUGUUUAAAGUUUUAUUGAA